CUGGCAGCACUGCUUAGCUGCACUGGUGGGUGGCACUGGUGGGCAGCACUGGUGGGUGGCACUGGUGGGCACAGGUGGGUGGGCACAGGUGGGUGGCACUGCUGGGCACAGGUAGGUGGCACGUCUGGGCACAGGUGUGUGACACUGCAGAGUGGCACAGGUGGGUGCACUGCUGGGCACAGGUGGGUGCACUGCUGGGCACAGGUGGGCGGAGUUAGUGGGUGCACUGCUGGGCACAGGUGGGCGGAACUUGCGGGUGGCACUGCUGGGCACUGAU